AUGUUGCGGCCGCGUGGGCCCAGCCGGGGCGCCCCGCUGCUGCGGGCGGCGCUGUGUCUCCGGCGGGCCGCGUCGGGUGGGCCUGCGGGGCGGGCAGCGAGUGGCGGGCGCGGGCGCGGCUGGGUUCAGCCCGCGGGCCGCGACACGGGCGUGCAGGUGUACAACAGCCGCACCGGAAGGAAGGAGCCGCUGGUCGUGGCCCGCGCGGACGCCGCCUCCUGGUAUAGCUGUGGACCCACUGUGUACGACCACGCACACCUCGGCCAUGCAUGCUCAUACGUUCGAUUUGAUAUCAUUCGAAGGAUCCUAACCAAGGUUUUUGGAUGCAAUAUCGUCAUGGUGAUGGGUAUUACAGAUGUGGAUGAUAAAAUAAUCAAGAGAGCCAGCGAGAUGCAGAUCUCACCCGCUGCCCUGGCCGCUCUUUAUGAAGAAGAUUUCAAGCAAGACAUGGCAGCCCUGAAGGUCCUGCCGCCCACUGUGUACGUGAGGGUGACGGAAAAUAUUCCUCAGAUAAUUUCUUUCAUCGAAGGAAUAAUUGCCCGGGGGCACGCGUACUCGACGGCCAAAGGCAACGUCUACUUCGCUCUGAGGUCCCGAGGAGACAAGUACGGCGCACUCGUCGGUGAGGUCCCCACUCCGGCUGCAGAGCCAGCUGACUCCGACAAGCGACAAGCCGGGGACUUCGCCCUGUGGAAGGCGGCUAAGCCCCAGGAGGUGUGCUGGGCCUCGCCGUGGGGCAGCGGCAGGCCCGGCUGGCACAUCGAGUGCUCCGCUGCCGCCAGCUUGGUGUUCGGAAGUCACCUGGAUAUCCACUCCGGCGGGAUCGACUUAGCCUUUCCGCACCAUGAAAAUGAGAUUGCUCAGAGUGAAGUCUUCCAUCAGUGCAGCCAGUGGGGCAGUUACUUCCUGCACUCUGGGCAUUUGCACGUGAAAGGCAAAGAAGAAAAAAUGUCCAAAUCAUUGAAAAAUUACGUCACUAUUAAGGACUUCCUGCGCACGUUUUCCCCGGACGUCUUCCGGCUCUUCUGCCUGCGGAGCAGCUACCGGUCAGCCGUGGACUACAGUGACAGCAGCAUGCUAGACGCCCAGCACCUCCUGCUGGGGCUGGCCGCCUUCGUGGAGGACGCACGCGCCUAUGUGAAGGGGCAGCUGGCGGGCGGCUCCGUCGGGGAGGCCGCGCUGUGGGAGAGACUCAGCAGCGUGCCAGGGACCGUGAAGGCCGCGCUAGCCGAUGACUUCGACACGCCCCGGGCAGUGGGGGCUGUGCUGGACCUCGUGCACCAUGGGAGCAGACAGCUCAGGGCGGCCACCCAGGAACCCAGCGGCCCAAGAAGCCCUGCUGUGUUCGGUGCCAUCAUCUCCUACGUUGAAGAGUUUUUUUCAACCAUUGGGAUUUCUCUGACAGAGCAACAGCAGCAGUGUGUUUCAGGCGACGGCAGCUCGGCUGCGCUGCGCAGCGUGGUGGAGGAGCUGGUGCGCUUCCGGCUGAAGGUCCGGCAGUAUGCACUGGCCACGCCUGAGGCCACCGGGGAGGCCCGGCGACAGCAGCUGCAGGAACGGCGGCCCCUGCUGCAGGCCUGUGAUGAGCUGCGCCGGGACCUGGCUGCCCACGGCAUCAGCAUUAAGGACAGAAGCAGCACGGCAUCCACGUGGGAGCUGCUGGACCCCAGGACAAAGCCGCAGCAGCCAGGGGGCUGAGCCGCAGCACAGGCUGCCUGUCGUGGCGCUCACCGCGACAAUAAACGCACCGGUACUGUCCCUCGGCCUCGGUGCCUCACUGCUGUGCCAGACCCAGACGGUGACUCGGGGCACAGGGCAGGGGUCGCCCACCCGGCCUGCUGAGUCCUGGGAGGCGGAGGGCCCCGACGCGGCCACUCUCCUCCACUCAUCUGCUGCCAGCCUGGCCCAGGGAGCGCCCCCAGGGGUAGCGGGUCUGUAAGGGGACGCACUGCCAGCCCCUCCUUGGAGCAGACAGCCGUGUCAUGAGAACACGGGCACGGCUCCGUGGCUCGCUGGCUGCGUGUGUGUCCUGUGUCAGCUUUGUUCUGAUCCACUGCAGCAGGCUUGGGAGGCUCCUGAACUUUGACCUUCCCAACACCUGACCAUAUCCUCGCCUAGGAAGCACAGAACUCUGGGAGGGACGUCCAGGGCAGUGUCUGGAAAAGCUCAUGUGUGGACAGUAACAGAGGUGGGCAUCCACCUGAGGCUGGUGUGGCCACACCCGAGCUGGCAUGGCCAGGUCUCCCUAGAGCUUCCUGCUAACGCACACCCCGGGAGGCAGGUGAUGGCCCACGUAGCUGGGUCUCCACCACCCACAUGGGAAACCUGGAUUGAAUUCCCAGCUCCUGGCUGCACCCCAGCCCAAUCCCAGCCCAAUGAUUUUUCUUAAACUUGGACUGGGUCAGCAUCUCCAAGGGCAAAGCCUCAAAGUCCACACAGAUGCACGUGUGGGGUGCAGACCCCACCCAGGACAGGUGAGGGGCCACUCCAAGGGAACCAGACACACACGGCACAGCUCGCCCAGGCCCACAGUGCAGAGGUCACGUUUACUGAAGUUGCACACAUGAGACACGGGGUGGUGACAGCAGCCUUUCCCCCCGGGCCCCCCG